CUUUGUGCAGUGUAUGGGACCUAUAGGCUGUAGCUACUAUCCACACCCUUUACCAAACCUCCUACCCCUUGUCUUGAGUCCAGCAGCUUGGUUGGAAGGCCGAAGGAAGUGAUGGCCGUGGUAGUCCAGUUUCUGGUUAGAAAGUUCGUGGAUAGCCUCGCGGAGGAGGCGGCCGUGGAGCUUCCAUUCAGUGCUCACUUCUAUGACAUGAGGGCCGAGUUGGAGAAGGCAGUAGUUUCUUCCACCAACGCCGACGAGCUCCGGGAGUGCCUGUACGAACUCAAUGACCUGCUCUCCCAGUGCCGCAUCAUGCUCACCAACAGGCCAAAUACGCGGAGCUGCUUCUUCGCCCCCUCCGAAGCAUGGCUUUCCAAUAAGGUCAAGAAGAGGGUGGUCGCCGUGAAGCGCAGAGUUCUUCAGUGUGUCCAGAACAAUCCCAGCGAAGAUGCCGCAGGCUUGCAGGAGGACAACGCCGCCACAGGGUUCAGCCGUUGGACCACCUCUUGGCCUGAGCAGAGCAGGAUGCAUGGGUUCGACCAACAGCUCACAGAGCUAGAAUCCAAGGCGUUCGGGGACUGCAGCCCCGGAAAACUUACCGGUGUCGGCAUCGUCGGCAUGGGCGGCAUCGGAAAGACUGCACUCGCGCAGCUCAUGUUCAACAGCCCGCAAGCCAGGGGCCGCUUCUUUCCAAGGAUCUGGGUGUGCCUGUCACGCACAGCUUGCAUUGGAAAGGACGUGCACAGGGAAGUCUUGCAGAGCAUACUUAUGGCUCUUGGCCUCGAAGAGGAGGGUAUCUUGGCCAUUGAUGGUGGUGGUGAUAGACUGGGUGACCUGGAGUUAGCUGUCCAUGAGCAUCUCAAGGGGAAGCGAUACAUCAUAGUAUUCGACGACGUCUGGAACAUCGACGGGUGGUACGCUGAUGUUGUAGGCUGCCAAAAUACCGUGCCAAGGGGAGACCAGUGGUCGGAUCGCCUUGCAUACGGGUUGCCCAAAGAGAGAGGCGGAGUGGUGGUCGUCACCAGCCGGCUGGAGCAGGCAGCAGAGAUGAUGGUGGGGAAGAGCAGCAUAUACCGUGUGCAGCAGUUGGCCGACAGGGAGAGCUCCUGGGCCAUCUUCAUGGACGCACUGUCCAAGGAAAGACGGUCGAUCGAUCUCACAGCUGUUAACAGCAUGAAAGAGGAAAUUCUUGAGACCUGUGGUGGGCUCCCGUCAACAGCCAAGGCAAUGGCAGACAUCUUUGUAAAAAGUUUGUCGAUACAAACACCAACUUCUAGCCAGGAACUUAGAUUUAGUGGAAAUGUGAGGUAGCAACAUGUCUCUCAUGGACCAAAAUGAUGCUACAUGAUAUUUCUGUAUGGAUUUGCCACAUAAAACUCAUGACUUAUGGAAAAAUGUUCCAGUGUGAUA